GAGAGAGAGAGAGAGAGAGAGAGAGAGAGCUGCAGAGGGAGCACAGAGAGAGAGAGAGAGAGAGAGAGAGAGAGAGAGAGAGAGAGAGAGCUGCAGCGCCAAUAGCACAAGAAUGGGGGAAGCGCCAUGCAUCGCCGCGCCGCGCCGAGCCGCCGCGCACUUCCGCCUGCCUCGCCACGGCCGCCGGAAGGUCCUCGUCGUCCGGCUCGGCGGUGGCGGCGCGCGCUGGAACGGACGCGGUCUCCGGCUCCGGCGGUGGCUCCGCCGCUCGGUGUGGCGCCUCGCGGAGCUCUGCGCGGCGGCGCUGUCGGGCCACCCAGGAGGGCCCAGGGCGCCGGCGCCUGCGCCGUGGACGGGCGUGGAGCCGUACUUCGCGGCGCCCUUCGUCCCCGUCGCGCUGAUGAAGCGCGCGGAAGUGCAAGACUAGCUAACUAGCUGCUGCGCCACGGUCCAUCCAGAACGCGGCGAUGGCGUACUGCGGUGUGGUUGACGUGUGAUAUCUGAAGAUUACAUGCAUGACGCAUCUGAAUCAAGUACAGGCGCGCACUGUGCUCUUUACACCUUCUUCCUCCCUCCUCCCUUCUGCUUAAAGCAACGAAGAAGCACGCAGUGCCAAACAGUGUGCUGCUGCAGUUCCAAUCAUGUGGGCGUUACAGAUUCUUUUCGAUUCUUUUGUAGCUUAGGCAAAUGCAGCUUGGUGAUGGCCUAAACUACUGCUUCUUUGUACUGCUACUGCUUAUCAAUAUCAAUGCAAAGUAUAACUGCAUGGUGUCCAA